ACUUAGUUCUUCUGUUAAUAUUUAUGGUGAUUAGUUUGGUCGUGUGUCUGGUAAACAUUGGAUCGUGUGGAUUAUACUCCAUCAAACAUUAAUAAGAUUUGCAAGAUAGUGGAAACUGUAUCCCCUUCAUUGGUUGUUUUAGAAGUGCUUUAGUAAUAUCACUGAUACGUGGUUCGAGCCACUGCAAACUUAUCAUUAGUAAUUAUUGAAUAAAAUAAAAACAAUAAUUUAUAAAAAUAAAAAAAAUUAUGUGAGAUUAAAUGAAAUAAAAAUAUUAACUGUUGAUUAACUAGAAUUAUAAGGCCCACUGCUUGCUGCCGCCUUCUGAUUUUUGAUAUAAACAAAUAAAAACAAGGCUGCAUUAUUUCGAUCUAAGUGUAAUGACUGAAAUUGAGAAUCAUCAUCUGGAAAAUGGGUCAGCAGUCAGGUCUAUGGUCCAAAAUACACCAAGAAAAUUCCACUUGACUAUGGAAGUUCCAAUGUGCCUAACCAUGCUAAGCUUGUCAUUAACAGGCGCUGCUGUUAGCAACAUUUUACUAUACAGGACAUGCUUGCAUAGUUUGAACCAUCCAGACUCUGUGUGUAAGGUUUUUCUUGCACUCGACAAGACGAACCAAACAGAUGAAUUAGAAAAAGAAGUGCAGAGAUACGCGACCGUAGUGAAUACAGUAAGGAGUAUAAUAGAAGCGGUUGCACCGGCAGUUUUAUCUCUAUUUAUGGGUGUGUGGUCUGAUACCCACGGUAGAAAACCUCUGGUUGUAUGGCCACUUCUUGGCAUGGCAAUGACUGGAAUGAUGCUGGUGGUGUAUAGCACUAUGAACGACUUAGGCCCUUGGUGGUUGAUAGUAACUGCCGUUCCAUAUUCGCUGACCGGCGGCAUGAUCAUAUUGUUUACUGGAGCUUUUUGUUACGUAAGUGACGUCACAUCCCCGGAGAACAGAUCCCUUAGAAUGACUAUACUGGGGGCAUCUGUUUCUGCUGGAAGCGUACUGGGAGGACUAUUUAGUGCCCCUUUGCUUAGGGCCGUCGGGAAUGUGUAUUUACUGUUGAUAGGAGCAUCUUUAAAUGUAUUUGCGUACGCCUUUACAAAUAUAUUUCUAAGGGAAUCAUUGGAAGGAGCUAUACAGGGGCGGCUCGGUACCCUAUUAGAUUGGUCUUUAGUGAAACAGAUGGCACGCGAAUGUUUCAAGAAACGGCCUAACUUCGGUAGAGCACAGAUCCUGCUCCUCACCGUUGCGAACAGCCUAACGAUAUUCAUAUUAUACGGUUCCAUGAAUUUGGAAUAUCUGUACACGAGAGAGAAACUGCGCUGGGCUCUGAAAGACUACACGUUAUAUUCGGCCUUGAGCACGACGAUAUCGUUCGCGGGCGGUUUCUUGGGCAUUAUAGUUGUGCAGAAGUUACUGAAGAUCGGCGAUCUGGCCUUCGUGAACGUCGCUUAUCUCUCGAUGAUCGUCGAGUACGUCGUGAAAGCGCUGGCAGUUUCAACGUGGCAUAUGUAUUUGAGUUCCACUAUAUCGUUGUUCAAAGGGCUAUCGUCACCGCUAUUGAGGUCGUUAUUGACGAAAAUACUGCCUAUCACUGAUAUCGCUAAAGUAUUCGCGCUAAUGUCGGCUAUUGAGGGCUUAUGCCCUUUACUGUCUCCGCUUCUGUACAAUUCCUUAUACGAAUGCACGAUAUCAACAUUCCCGGCGGCUUUUUAUAUGCUCAGCAUUGGGAUCGUGUGCGUAUCUUGCACGUUUAUUGGAUUAGUGCAAUAUUUCAGAAGGAAUGUGUCAACGCCCUAUGAGAGGUUGCAAGAUUCACCAACGAUUGCAUAAAAUACGUAAAAACCUUUUUAAAUAAAUGUGCCUUACAUUACUAAAACCCACAUAUUGUGCAUAAUGUCACAAUUGAAAAGUGAUAUAGUUGGGUUAGAUUAGAAAAACGUGCGUAAUUUGAUUUUUCACUUGCAGAGUAUAUUGUUUAUAAAUUGCCUAUAAAUAUCUACAAUAUUUUUUUAUUGAUAACUGUACCUAACAGACUGGAUAUUCCGGAAGGUAUAGUGCGGGAAGGGUAACUAUUUCACCUACUGGCCACAAGAUAUUUUUACAUACUGUCUAGAGAAUCUAGAGAAUGAAUUUUAAAUAUCGACGCUUGAAAGGCAAACGUGACUAAGCGACAAUGCGUGAACUUUACAGUAGACUAAUUUAAAGUUGAAAUAC